UUCCUGUCAGCUCACACUGGACCCCAACACAGUGAAUCAACACCUUCUGUCUGAGGGGAACAGAGAGGUGACCCAUGGGAAUGAGAUCCAGUCAUAUCCUGAUCAUCCAGAGAGAUUUGACUACUGGUUCCAAGUGCUGUGCAGAGAGGGUCUGUCUGGACGCUGUUACUGAGAGACUGAGUGGAGUGGGGAUGGGGAGAUUUUUAUAGCGGUCUCAUAUAAAGAGAUUUGCAGGAAAAGAAGUGGUGAAGACUGUAUAAUGGGAUAUAAUACAAAUUAUUGGUGUUUGCGCUGCUCUCCCUCCAGUCACUCUUUCCUUCCCUUCAGAAACUCUUUCUCUCCCUCCAGUCACUCUUUCCUUCCCUUCAGAAACUCUUUCUCUUCCUCCAGUUACUCUUUCCUUCCCUUCAGAAACUCUUUCUCUUCCUCCAGUUGCUCUUUCUGGCACAAUAAUGAGAGCACAGGUUUUUUUUUAUUUAGUUAAUUUUUUACUUUUUGUACCCUGGCUUGAGUCCACCACCAAACCUCCUGCCAGAAAACAGGUACGACCAGACAGAUCACAUCUUUCUCUGUACAGUCCCAGCUCUGCUCAGCCUGGCCUCAGUUCAGCACCAUACCUCGUGCAGCUAUUGGUAUAAACAAGAAGUCACUCUCACUCCCUCUGUCACACAGUUUCAGAAAAACGAAACUUAACUCUGUCGCUGUCAGUAAAAUGAGCAGUAAAAUAGCAGAGGGCAGUAUCUAGGUGAGUCUGCUCAGAAUCAGGAAAUAUCUUCUGCUAAUUCUCACAUAGACUGAAAGGAACUACAGUACACUCUGAAAUAAAACUAUUUUGUCAAUUUGUGCAGGAAAAUGGCAGAGGUCAGUAUCUCAGUGGAUCAGGACCAGUUCAGCUGUACAAUUUGUCUGGAUCUACUGAAGGAUCCGGUGGCUAUUCAUUGUGGACACAGUUUCUGUAUGGGCUGUAUUAAGGGCUGCUGGGAUCAGGAUGAUCUUACUGGUGUCUACAGCUGUCCCCAGUGCAGACAGAUCUUCACCCCAAGACCUGAUUUAAGAAAAAACACCAUGCUGGCUGAAGUGGUGGAGAAACUGAAGAAGACAGGACUCCAAGCUGCUCCUCCUGCUCACUGUUACGCUGGACCUGGAGACGUGGCGUGUGAUGUCUGCACUGGGAGAAAGCACAAAGCUGUCAAGUCCUGUCUGGUGUGUCUGGCCUCUUACUGUGUAACUCACCUCCAGCCUCACUAUGAAUCUCCUGCCUUUAAGAAGCACAAACUGGUCGAAGCCACUGGAAACCUGCAGGAGAAGAUCUGCUCUCAUCAUGACAAACUGCUGGAGGUUUACUGUCGUACUGAUCAGCAGUGUAUCUGUUUUCUGUGUGUGAUGGAUCAACACAGAGGUCAUAAAAUAGUCUCCGCUACAGCAGAAAGGACUAAGAAACAGAUGCAGUUUGGAGUGACACAGUGUAAAUUCCAGCAGAGCAUCCAGGAGAGAGAGAAGGGGCUGCAGGAUCUGAGACAGGCUGUGCAGUCACUUAAGCACUCUGCACAGGCAGCAGUGAAGGACAGCGAGAGGAUCUUUACUGAGCUGAUCAGCUCCAUUGAGAGAAGGCGCUCUGAGGAGAAUGAGCUGAUCAGAGAUCAGGAGAAGGCUGAAGUGAGUCGGGCUGAAGGACUCCUGGAGCGACUGGAGCAGGAAAUUGCUGAGCUGAGGAGGAGAGAUGCUGAGCUGGAGCAGCUUUCACACACAGAGGAUCACAUCCAGUUCCUCCAGAACUGUCAGUCUCUCUCUGUCCCUCCUGGACCUGGAGACUUGCCCAGCAUCACUGGCAGUCCACACAUCUCUUUUGAGGCUGUGAGGAAAUCUGUCUCUGAACUGAAAGAGCGACUGGAGCACAUCAGCAACCUGAAACUGAUCAAAAUCUCCGAAUCAGUGAAAAAAGUCUAUAUUCUACAGCCCAGGACCAGAGAGGAUUUCUUACAGUAUUCCUGUCAGCUCACACUGGACCCCAACACAGUGAAUAAACACCUCCGUCUGUCUGAGGGGAACAGAGAGGUGACCCAUGUGAAUGAGAUCCAGUCAUAUCCUGAUCAUCCAGAGAGAUUUGACUACUGGUUCCAAGUGCUGUGCAGAGAGGGUCUGUCUGGACGCUGUUACUGGGAGGCUGAGUGGAGUGGGUAUGAGCUAGAAAUAGUAGUGUCAUAUAAAGAUAUCAGCAGGAAAGGGGAUGAUUAUGUCUGUAAUUCGGGAUGUAAUGAUAAGUCUUGGAGUUUGCGCUGCUCUCGCUCCAGUUACUCUUUCUGGCACAAUAAUAAGAGCACUGAAAUCCCUGUUCCCCCCUCCUCCAGAAUAGGAGUGUACCUGGAUCACAGGGCAGGAACUCUGUCCUUCUACAGCGUCUCUGACACAAUGACCCUCCUGCACAGAGUCCAGACCACAUUCACUCAGCCCCUCUAUCCUGGGUUUUGGGUUGAUGUUGGAUCUUCAGUAAAACUGUGUGAUCAAAGUGAAUAAAAUGUAAAAGAUGAAAUUUGAGGCUUUUAAACAUGUGAUAACGUAAGUCUUUAACCUGCAAAACAGCCAAGAUAGCAAGAUAUAAAUGCUGGCGUAGAAACUUAGAGGCUUAGGGUGAAAUCCUUCUUACUUCAAGAGCAAUCAGAGUGACCACUGAGCUCUAAUCAGUUAUUAUACAUACACUAUCAUAGUUCAGGUGUUUUCAUUUAUCAAACUUAGGGUUUUUAAUCUAUGUAUUUCUCAUUUUUAUUUCUCCUUUGUUUAAGAUCAUUUAUUUUCUCCUAUACAGUGAGUCAUAACAGCUUAUAUCAUAAACACAGAAAUCAUAUCAUGUAUUCUUUUUUUUUGGGAAAUAGGGUCAUGUGAUCAUCUUUGUAUUUGGCACAGAUGUUGGCACUUGAAUGAAUCUUUUAUUUUUUAUUUAUAUGCUGAAAACACCACAUUGUACACCUGCAAAACAUUAUUCUAAUUGAAAAGAACUGUAUGACGAUCGAUUGGGGUGCUGACAAUUUUUUUUAUUAUGUAAGGUUUUUUUGGAUUCAAUAAACUGUGCUAAUGCUUUAA